AAAAAGAAAAAAAACGUCAAGCUCAGAGUCGGUGUGCUCAAAAAAAAGGGAAAGGAGAAAGAGAUUAGAAAGGGAGGGAAAAACCAUAAACCCUAGAAACACUCCUGCGGAGUACUCUCCUGGCGUGAAUUUGCAAAACGUCGAUGAGAGUCAAGAGACUGUACAUGUACUCGAUGCAUGUGUAAACUAGUUCUAUCUUCGAUUCGAGCAGUUCUUACUCCGAUUACUACGUGGAUUGCGGUGCGGACUGUGAUUGAUCCCUUUUUACGUAGUCGAUACGUAUGGGUGUGCGUGUAUAAGCUAUUCCGGAGAGGAUUUUGUGUGGCGUGGAUUGUGGAAAUAGUAAUUUGAGAGCUUUUUAGAAAGUCCAAUGGCGAGGCUUCUUCGGAGCGCUUCUUCUCUCAAGCGCUAUCUAUGCAAUCCUCAGGGUUGCAGAAAGGGGCUAUUAGUACCACCUUCCAAUAUAUGCAGCUUUUCUACUAAGGGUAGAGGGAAAUCUAAAUCAGAAGGAAGUGAUUCUAAUAAAGAGAAUUUGUCCACGAAAGAGCUGGCCUUACAACAAGCAUUGGAUCAGAUCACUACCUCAUUUGGAAAGGGAUCUAUCAUGUGGUUAGGUCGGUCUGUCUCUCCUAGACAAGUUCCAGUGGUGUCUACAGGAUCUUUUUCUUUGGAUAUGGCUCUGGGGAUUGGUGGACUACCAAAGGGGCGUGUUGUGGAGAUAUAUGGUCCUGAAGCUUCUGGGAAAACAACCCUUGCUCUCCAUGUAAUUGCCGAAGCUCAGAAGCAAGGAGGAUUGGUUUGGGAUUCACUUCUUUUGCCCUUUUUGGUUCUAAUGCCGCUUUCCAUGUGUUACUGUGUUUUUGUAGAUGCUGAGCAUGCUCUUGAUCCUACACUUGCCGAGGCUAUUGGUGUAAACACUGAAAAUUUGCUUCUAUCACAACCAGAUUGUGGUGAACAAGCUCUGAGUCUUGUAGAUACCCUAAUUCGGAGUGGUUCAGUUGAUGUUGUUGUGGUGGACAGUGUUGCUGCCCUUGUUCCCAAAGGUGAACUUGAUGGUGAGAUGGGUGAUGCCCAUAUGGCAAUGCAAGCUAGAUUGAUGAGCCAGGCACUUCGCAAAUUGAGCCACUCUUUGUCUUUAUCACAAACAAUUUUGAUAUUUGUAAAUCAGGUGAGGUCGAAGUUAUCUACCUUCGGUGGAUUUGGUGGGUCAACUGAAGUUACUUGUGGUGGUAAUGCUUUGAAAUUCUACGCUUCUGUACGCCUAAACAUUAGGAGAACAGGUCUUGUCAAGAAGGGUGAAGAGACUACUGGGAGUCAAGUUCUUGUUAAGAUUGUGAAGAACAAGCAUGCCCCUCCUUUCAAAACUGCACAGUUUGAGCUUGAGUUUGGCAAAGGGAUAAGUCGCGAGUCAGAAAUCAUAGAGUUAGGAUGCAAGCACAAGUUCAUAACAAAGAUUGGAGGUGCAUAUUACAGCAUGAAUGAGCAGAGUUUCCACGGCAAGGAUGCUAUUAAACAAUACCUAAUUGGGAACCCUAAUGCUAGAGAGGAACUAAUAAUGAAGCUGAGGGAGAAGCUGCUUGACUCUGAGACAGACAGGGAAAAUGAUUCCGAAACAGAGUCUUUGGAAGGAACCCCAUCACAGGAGAUUAUUCCUUCUGAUUCGACUGAUGAAGAAGUAAUAUCUGCAGUUGAGGCAUGAGCGCGCAUAUGUGGUUAAGCUGUAAAUGGGAAACCGGGUUUGGGUCUAAAUGCCAUUUGAAAUCUGCAGUUACAUUCUCCUAAGCAGGUGGUGAUGUUGAGACGGCAUUCAAUUGAUGAUAGCUGGCUGUACAUGCCUACGCUUGGCAUAGUUCACUAUAACCGGCUGCCAUUUUUUUUGUUAUUAUCAUCAUAUAAUUUUUGGGUUGUUGUAUAUGACAGGUCUAGCUUCAGAACAAACGGUUUGCACAAGUGCAUUUUACUCGCUAAUUGCACAUUUUAGAGCUGCAUUUUGCAGGCUGGUGACAUGGGCCCUGUAUAUAUUUGUAUAGAAAGAAAAAAUAGUUAGUAUUUCUUCA